AUUAUAAUUUUGCAAUUUUUGCUGUCCCCGCGUUUACAAAUGCUUCACCAACGCCUUUUCUGCACUAAAAUUUACCCGACCGCCGUUCACCACCACCGAGGCAGCCGUCACCAGAAUCUGUGGCGGAUAAAGCAAGUAACGAAAUCCAAUUUGUCAGAGACUUUUGAAGAAAUCAAGACUCACAUAUCCAACUCCGAUUUCAUAGCCGUGUCGUUGCAGCAAACCGGUGCAUACUCAGCUCCAUGGCAAAGGGUUCUCCCCAUCGACACCGACGAGACAGCAUAUCUCAAAUCCAAACGCGCCGCCGAGCGGUUUCAGGUUCUUCAGUUCGCAAUCUGCCCUUUCUCGGUCAAAGCUUCCAAGCUCAUAGUUCACCCGUAUAACUUCCAUUUGUUUCCGAGGGAUGAGUUGAAAAUUGCGAUGCCUUCUUACAGCUUUUCAUGCCAGUCGUCAUAUUUGGCCUCUAUGGCUCGAGAAGGUUUUGAUUUUAAUGCCUGCAUAUAUGAUGGUAUAUCAUACUUGUCCAGAGCACAAGAACUAGCUGCAGCAGAUCGAAUUGGACCUUCAUCAACCAGUAGCUUUGUGGUGCCAUCUUCAUCAACCAAUUCAGUUGCUGAUUCUGUUUUUAGAGAAAGCACAAAAUCUCGAGUUAGACAUUGGAUAAAUGCUUGUAAAGAUUCAAACAAGAAGACAGAGGAUGUUUUGAUCAGUGUGUUGAGAAAACUUGUCUCGGGAAGUGAAGUGUACGGCUCUAGACCGUGCUUAAUUAUAUCUGUCUGCAGUGAACGUCAAGUGCAACUUGUAUUAGAAAUGUUGAAGGAGUUUGUUGAUGUCGUACCUAUAUUAGUUCCUGCAAGAGGAGGAGGAAUACAGGCUGUUCGAGCUGUUUUGACAAGUUCAGAAGAAGACAAGAACCUUCUCGAGAAGGAACUUCAGGAUAUGGAAGAGGAACGUAAUAAACGUGUUCGUGGCUUUCGAGAGGUGAUAGACUUGAUUUCCGCUUCUCAGAAGCCUGUUGUUGCUCACAAUUCACUCAGUGAUUUUACAUUUAUAUAUUCAAAGUUCCUGGCUCCACUUCCUUCAACAAUCAAUGAAUUCAGAAGUUCCUUGCUUUUGGUCUUUCCUCAUGUACUUGAUGUUAACCAUCUUAUGAAGGAAAUUGGCCCUGUUGAAAAGGUGAAUAAUCUACCCGCGUCCAUCUCCUAUUUGAGGAGGAAGUUCUUUGCGCCAAUAGAUAUGGAAGUUUCUCACCGAGCUGAGGCAGACAAAGUCCAGAUUCAUGGCCGUAAUGUUCUGCGAAUAAGCGAGCUGUUUGCCAAGUUGUGCUCCGUAUUAAAAAUCAAUCCUGAAACUUUUGAAGAAGACUAUAACCAUUUGUCAUCUGCCAUUCAAUGCCAUGCCAAUAAAUUUAACCCUUCCUCGACAAGGUUUGGGGAUCCCAUCGAUGAAGAUGUUAGAAUUUGGAAUAAAAAUAGUAGAAGGAUUAGCAUCGACAAUUUGGUUUUCUUAUGGGGGUUAGAAGGUGGGAUUUCUGCUGGAAUGCUGAAAGCCCUUCUACAUGAUUCACAUGAAGUGUUUUCCAAAGAAUUUGAUGUUCAAAUGGUGGAUAAGAAUUGUGCAGUAAUUGUUUUUUGGACUCCUGGGUUUUCAGAACGUUUUCUGAGGAUCAUGGAUUCUGGAGAAAUCUUCAGUGAAUCUCUGAAAGAUAUGAUCUCAAAAGGAUUAGCAGCAGCAAGUUACAAGACGUACAAAAGUGUCUGUAAAUUAGGUUUAUGGGAAGUAGACUUAGCAGAUGCAUUGGACAAAGCCUUGGAAGAAACUGAGAGACUUACAGAAGCCAAGUCCGAGGAAGAUCUAUCAGUAAUCAACUGGAACAAUGACGAAAUGAUUAAUUUAGACGACCUUUAACAUCUUUUGUUAUUGAUGUAUCCCGGAGAUAGGCCUUGAUAGCUAUUCAUUCUGUGUCAUUGCCCAGGAUUUAUUGGUUAUUAAAACCCAACAAAUACGAUAAACUCUAGCGCAACAUUGAUAUGAAUUAGCAAAGAUUUUACCACAGCAAAAGAUUGACAACGAAUCAAAAAUGGAAGAAGCACCAGAAUUUGUUUCACGGAAGUUCAGCUAAAGAAUUCCUAUAUCUGUGUUGGAGCUCCAACUGUGGCGAGGUUAAGAAGCUGCAGGUUUGGAUUGAGGGUUGAGGGAUUCCAUGACUUAGAGGCAUUCUGGAGGGCAGACAACCACGGAGCAUAGCCCCAGAAACAUCAUCAAAUCCCUUGGAGAAACAUAUCCAAACCCUCCAUCGAUGCUUUGAUGAUUGAUUGGUAAACAACUUAACGUAAUCUACUUUAUUUAUUAGUAGGAAAUGUGACAUUCUAAAUGAGGUCAAGUUAUAUGGUUACAGUGUUGAUGAACAUGUUUCAGUUGAACGAAAGGAGCUCAUAUUCAAUUUGUUCAUGCAUAGAUAUAUUCUACAUGAGUUGUUUGUGUUGAGCCUAAUACCAUUUCCAAACUAGAA